GGGGUGCUGUAAACAUAUAUACGCACCUUCAGCCAGGAGCUACAGAGGGACGACAAGAUGGCCUCGCAUCCAUGUCCGAGCUCGUUAUCCGGCGUGAUUCCGUGUCAACAACAGUCUUGUGCGGGCAAGGCUCGUCCGUACUUCCACCAGCGAUCGGACAGUGCACACCGUGGCCACGAGCAGAGAGUUGUGGACUUCGUACUCAGCUGCCGCGCAAAGCGCUGCGUGCGCCCGAGAUUGCCCUGCUGGAAACCUGCUUGACCCACAGCAUCGGCCCUGGCUGUGCCAUGAGAAUGAGCGGCUCAGGUGGACGUGGACGGGCGAGCACAGUCGGCAAUGCACAGGCCGCAGGUGGUUCUCCCAGCCUACCGAGUGCUGUCCACGAGCAACACUGUGCAUAAGGCGAGAUGGAUCGUUCUAGGAUACAUUGCGGAGGUGGCGGCACGAGUUAAGGCACUGGAAAAGCAAGAUGCGAAGUUUAAAGACAAUGAUGUCCACAGGUCCUCGAGCCAGCAUCAUACGGCCCCGAUUCCCGGAAUCAACGUGGCAUCGCAUGUGGGCCUUGGCUGCAUGAAGCCCGUAAUGGGGCCCGGGACGCCGGAGGUUGGAGCACGGCCAAGCUUCCACAACUCUCGCGCGCUCGGGUCAGUGUUUGUUUGCCUGUCGCUACAUGGGCGAAGCAUGAGAGCGGAAGACCUCGUGAUGGUGGAUUCCUGCCCACUAUCGAGAUGCGACGCACUGCGUUGGCAGGAUUGCUGGUCAUGCCAGACGCGGUUCUGCGUGGCCCUGUCUCUCCGAGUCUGACGACACACUUGACAAGCCUGGAAGAAGGAAUGGGGCGGCUGCUAAGUUAGCAGUCGCGGGCACGAACCUAAGGCGGCGCCUC